AUGAGUCUAAACCCCGCCGCGCCCCCAGCGGUCUACGACCCCAAUGGCGUCGGCUCCGUCUACCCCGACGAGAAGGGCUACAUCUCGGAGAAGAGGGGCUCGCUCGUGGAGCCACACCCGGAGUACGAUGUCAUUGAGGCAUCCGGCGGCCACGAGCUGAAGCGCGACCUCAAGUCUCGUCACAUGCAGAUGAUUGCCAUUGGCGGCGCAAUUGGCGCAGGUCUCUUCGUCGGUAUCGGUGGCGCCUUUCAGAGUGGUGGGCCCGCCUCGGUGCUUAUCGGUUUCAUCAUCAUCGGUGCCGCAAUGUACUUUGUCAUGCAGGCGCUCGCCGAGCUGGGUGUCAUGUACCCCGUGAACGGUGCCUUCUUCACCUACGCCCAUCGAUUCAUCAGCCCUGCGUGGGGUUUCGCAACCGGCUGGGAUUACGCUAUCCAAUGGCUUACCGUCCUGCCCUUCGAGAUCACCGCCGCUACCCUGACCCUCGAGUACUGGAAGGCGUCCCGAGAGCUCGACAAGGCCGUGUGGGUCACCGUCUUCCUCGCCGUCCUCUUCAUCAUCCAGAUUUUCGGCGUCAAGGGCUACGGCGAGACGGAGUUCUUCCUCUCCAUCAUCAAGAUUAUUGCUUGCUCGGGCUUCAUUAUCCUCGGCAUCAUCAUCAACGUUGGUGGUGUGCCGACCGACGACCGUGGGUACCUUGGUGGCCAGUUCUGGCAUGAGCCGAAAGGUCAGGCGUUCAAGGGCGGAUUCCUUGGGUUCUGCGGUGUCUUUGUCACCGCCGCGUUCUCCUUCGCCGGAACCGAGCUGACGGGUCUCGCCGCUGCUGAGGCGGCCAACCCGAUCAAGAGCAUUCCCAUGGCUACUAAGCAGGUGCUGUGGCGUAUUUGCUUCUUCUACAUCCUGUGUUUGCUCAUCGUCGGUCUCGACGUGUCCUCCGAUGACAAGCGUCUGCUCAACUCUUCCAACGACAACACCAAGUUCUCCCCGUUCGUCAUAGCCAUUGCAGAUGCCAACAUCCCGUACCUGCCCGGCAUCUUCAACGGAGUCAUCACCCUUUCCGUCAUCUCCGUCGCCAACAGUUGCACGUUCGGCAGCACGCGUACGCUCCAGGCUCUGGCCGCCCGCAAAAUGGCGCCCAAGUUCUUUGCCUACGUCGACAAGUCCGGCCGCCCGAUCUGGUGCAUCGUCCUCCAAUUCUGCUUCGGUCUGCUCGCCUACGUUAUCGACGCCGGUGGCGACGCGCCCGGCCAGUUCUUCAACUGGCUGCUCGCCCUGUCCGGUAUCGGCAAUCUCUUCAUCUGGGCCUCCAUCUGCAUCUCGCACAUUCGCUUCCGCAAGGCGUGGAAGCUCCACGGCCACUCGCUCGACGAGCUGCCCUUCAAGGCCUCCUUCGGCAUGACCGGCUCCUACAUCGGCGUCUUCCUCUUCGUCAUCGUGCUGAUGGCCACCUUCUACACGGCCGUUGCCAGCUUGGACGCUGAGUCCUUCUUCACUUCUUUCCUGGCAGGCCCGCUCAUUCUGUUCCUCUACUUGCUCUGGAAGGUCGUGACCAAGGAAUGGUACCUCCUCACGCCCCUAGAGAGCAUCGACGUCUCGUACGGCGUGCGCACGAACUUGGAGGACCUGCAGGCCGCGGCCGAGCAGCAGAGGAAGGAGCGCGCGAUGCGGAAUUUCCCCAUGCGCGUUGUGCAUACGCUGUUCUAG